UCGCCCUUACCUCACCGUUCUGCGCCUUCCCAGCCCGGAAGUCUCUUUGUUGUGCAGAACCCCGGAAGCGAGAGGAGGUGGGAGAGAUGGGUUGCGACGGGGGAACGAUCCCGAAGAGGCACGAGCUGGUGAAGGGGCCCCGUAAGGUCGAAAAGGUUGAUAAAAAUGCAGAAUUAGUAGCACAGUGGUAUUAUUGUACUUUGAGUCAAGAAAAAUUAAGCAGGCCUAUAGUAGCUUGCGAGCUUGGCAGGCUAUAUAAUAAAGAUGCAAUCAUUGAAUUCCUUCUGGAUAAAUCUUCUGAUAAAGUGCUUAUGGAGGCUGCAUCCCAUAUCAAGAGUAUUAAGAAUGUCAUAGAACUGAAACUCACUGACAAUCCAGCUUGGACUGGUGACAAAGGCAAUACAAAAGGGGAUAAAUACGAUGAUAUCCAGAGUGCAUGUUUCAUUUGUCCUGUAGUUGGAUUGGAAAUGAAUGGAAGGCAUCGGUUUUGCUUUUUGCGCAACUGUGGAUGUGUAUUCUCUGAACGUGCUCUCAAAGAAAUCAAAACAGAAGCUUGUCACAGGUGUGGGGUCCCAUUUCAAGAGGAGGAUGUGAUUGUACUUAAUGGCACCAAAGAGGAUGUUGAAGUGCUGAAGAAACGAAUGGAUGAAAGAAGACAAAAGAGCAAAUCGGGAAAGGGCAUCUGUGCAGCACCCCCAAAAUCAGUUUUGCCUCCCUUGUUUCAGAAAUCCAGGAAAUCUAAGGCAGCCGAGACCGCCAUUAAGCCUGAACCCACUGAAGAUUCACCCAAACCUUCUCAAGUGAAUACUGAAAAGGAUGCCACAGUCACUAAAUCUGGAGAAAAGAGAAGCAUUGCAUUCUGCAAGAGUACAGCAGUCAAUGAGAGUGCUUCAUCUUCAUCUGGAAAAGAAAGCAAAAAUGUGAAGCGGCCCAUUGCAAAUGUUGAGAAGUCUGAAGCAUACAAGUCUAUUUUUACUUCCCACAGCUCAGCCAAACGCUCUAAAGAUGAGUCUUCCAAUUGGAUUACGCAUACAGCUUACUAUUUCUAAAAUGUCAAUGUGUGUGAUUUCUAGCUCUUUCCCACCCAUCUGCUUUCCCUCUUACAAAGGAAGUCUUUGUUAUCUAGUCGUAUGCAAUUUCGCAAAUGAUAUAAGGCUCCAGUCAAUAUCACUUUGUAUUAUAUAUAAUAAAAAUAGAGCUGAAGUUAUCUUUGUUUUGUUUAAAAGGAAUUGAUUUUAAGAACUCAUUAGGAUUAUUAUCUAUUGCCUUUUGCUCGCUUUGAAUUAAUUAGGAUGGCACAAGCAGUGGGUGAUUUGAUUACAGCAUCCAAGUUAUAGGAGCACAUCUGUUGCUUGGCAGGCAUCCUGUCUAUCAGCUCUGAUUAAGUGGAAAUGUCAAGCUGAGAACCUCUAAUAACCCAACGGGAAGCCACCAUUUCAUGCUCUUUUAGCUUUGUAUGAAUGGGUUAAGAUGCAACCUGGAUGACACCACCAUCCCUUUUCCUGUGUCUUCUUUAUAGUGAGUCAUAGUUAUAUAGCAAAGAGUUUUAAUGUUCAGUGUGGCUGUGGGAUUAUGAAUCACACACAACAGCUUUGUAGGUUCUAUCCUGGCUUGUCCUCCUCUAGCUAUCCCUCCGCAGUCAUGCUAAAUAUUUAAUCUUAAGUGUUCAUCCUUCAAAUUAAUCAAAGAAGCAACACAGGGUUUUAUUCUAAUUUUCUGACUCCUUGUACUUACAAAUAAAGACACAAUAAUUUAA